CGACUCUCAUUCAUUACCAGAAUUUUUUUUUACUUUUUUUUCUUAAUUUCGAAAGGAGAGAGAGAGAGAAGACGAAGAAGGAAGAAAUCGUUUUGAUCGGGAGAUUAUCCUUUGCGUUCCAGUUAGCUUUUACGGAGUCUGGAUCUAGUUUAGCUCCGGCUCGUCUCAUUUCGUGGGUGAAAGAGAGUUCCUUUACAAAGGUUGUUUGUAAUGGAAGACGAUGGCUCUGCUUCUUCUUCUUCUCAUUCUUCUCGAGAUUUGGAUGCACAGAACCCUUAUGAUCGAUUGCUUGCUCUAAAUACAAGUCCCGUUGAUUCUUCAAAUCGUAACUUGGAUUCGGUUUCUGCUAUUUAUCUAGCGAUGACGACGGCGAGCUCGAAGCUGGAGUGCGUCGAUGAGCGUGGCCAAGACUCCCUCAUCACCUCCGUAUGCAACGUGGAGGACGAAGAAGAGGAUGAGGAGCUCGAUGAGUUCGAUCCUUAUCUCUUUAUCAAGAACUUGCCUAACUUGUCCUCCGUUGUCCCUACUUUCAGACCCGUCUUGCUUCCUAAACAGACCCGAAGCUGCCCUCCUAUCUCUCUAGUCCUAGACCUCGAUGAAACGCUUGUGCACUCUACUCUAGAACCAUGUGAAGAGGUGGAUUUCACAUUCCCUGUGCAUUUCAACGAAGAAGAGCAUACGGUAUACGUGCGUUGCCGGCCCCACCUACAAGAGUUUAUGGAGAGAGUGUCCCGUCUUUUCGAGAUAAUUAUAUUCACAGCCAGCCAGAGUAUCUACGCCGAGCAGCUUCUGAAUGUGCUUGACCCCAAGAGGAAGCUCUUUCGCCAUAGAGUGUACCGUGACUCGUGUGUUUUCUUCGACGGUAACUACCUCAAGGAUUUGUCUGUCCUUGGACGUGAUCUAUCUCGUGUGAUCAUCGUCGACAACUCCCCACAGGCAUUUGGGUUUCAAGUGGAGAACGGUGUGCCAAUAGAGAGCUGGUUUAGUGACCCGUCAGAUAAAGAGCUUCUUCACUUGCUGCCGUUUCUUGAAAGCUUAAUAGGAGCUGAAGAUGUGAGGCCGAUGAUCGCCAAGAAGUUCAAUCUCAAGGAAAAGAUCGACGCAGCUGUAGAUGUACCUGAGUAUCCUGCUGAGGCAGGGGAUCCUUUCGAAAGGUAGUGUCUUUUCAAAAGCAGCUAUAAGGCAGAAUCUGGCAUAAAAAGGCUACAUGUUCCAGUGACACAAAGGAGAAGACUUGUUGCUCUUUGGGAAAAUGCUAUGGAAAGUUUCUCUUCUUCCCUCUUUUGAGUUUGGAGGGAACUUUGCAAGAUAUAAUAUUAUAUCAAAUGUUGUUUUCUUAUUAGUUUUAAGAACCUUGGUAUACAGAGAACUCACAUAAUAAUUAUUAUAAAUUGGUCAAUUCUCCUAAAUAGACCUUAUAAAUUUAUUUAUUUUUUCUGUA